CCCUCAUGACAGGAUAUACUUAAUUAAUGGACAUAAGUAAUAUAGUGGCUGCCAAGGUGACGUGGCCUCCUCCUAGCCCAUAACAUAAUAAUAUAUCCCUGAUUAAACCCUUAUAUAAAUUACAGUAUUAACUACCAUGUGUGAGGUGGUUCAUUCUACCACUCAUUGAUCUUAGGGAGGGAGAUGACAAAAUUUAGAUAGGGGAAAAAAAAUGUCAUGAGGGUAGGCAACUCUGCUGUCAGGAGGAAGUCAUGAUGAGAUGAGACUUGUGGCCAGAGUGUGAUGGUGCAGUUCAUGAAUAACAAGUGCUCUGUUAGUGACCCCAGAGUGAAGUUGUAUUAGCUGCCAUCACCACAGACAGCUGAGAAAUAUUAAUAUUUGGUUAUUACUCUCAGUUGUGUGCACCUGCAGCCCUCAGCAGUCACACACGGAUUUCAUCUGUCAACAGUGAAUCAAGAAAUUACGUACUAAGAACAUUACAGCUGUUCCAAGACAGAGAAGAAUUGUUUGAUUAUCACAUUGUUCUCUUUCUUAUGUUGUUGACUGCCAGCUCAGGAGUAUCUUGUUAAGACUGACGUGUGCCUAGAAGCUGCGGUACUCCAGUGCCAUAAAUCCUCGUCGCUUUUACAGUAUAAAAUUGCCUCACAUGGCACUCGUUUCACCGUUGUUACUAAUGCAAGACUUGUGUGUGUGUCUUGUAAGUUAGUUAUUUCUUGUCAGUUUGAGUGGCUAUGAUAGUGCUGCGUUUAUUUUAUGACUGUUUGGUGUUGAAUUUUACCGUGAUAAAUCUCGUCGAUCAUCAGCACUGAAUGGCUUGAUUGUGCUGAAGUAAUUUGUCUCUGUGACAAUUGUACUAAAUAUGGUUGUCAAUUUGGAGAUAUAACGUGUACAUUUGUAUUCAUUAUAGAGCUUGUAUUAUAUAACUCAUGUACCUUUGAAGAGAUAUAGUUCAAAUCUUAAGAAUCUUCUCACUUCUCAUAAUUUGAAGGACAAGUUUUGCCCACACACUGUAAACCACCAAGAUGAUUGCUCAAAUAGUGUCUUGUGUGUGUACUUUCCCUCUCAUUGUGCCGAUAAUAGUGGUGCUCUUCCUGGUUGGGCUCUAUUUACAAAAGAUCUACAGUUUCUGGGAGACUCGAGGGGUUCAAGGUCCAAAACCCACAUGGAUUAUUGGCAACAUGUAUGCCAGGCUCAGAGCAACACAUUCGAUGGCAGAGUUUGACCAAAUGCUGUAUAAGAAUCACGGAGGAAAGACAUUCUGUGGUUAUUAUGAAUUUACACAGCCAUGUCUUAUGGUUGGUGACCCAGAGCUACUCAAACACAUCAUGGUGAAGGACUUCGACCAUUUUACUGACAGAAGUUUUGUGACGUUCAAUGAGCCGGUGAUGGACCACAUGUUGCUAGGGUUGAAGGGAGGAAUGUGGAAGGCAGUGCGGUCGGUGAUGACGCCAACGUUCAGCUCUGGCAAGAUAAAACAAACCUUGCAGCUGGUGAAGGACUGUGCCAAGAACCUAAUCACCUACUUUGAUAAGGAACUUGAGAAGAGGUCUUCUGUGUUUGAGAUGAAGGAAGUGUACGGGAUGUUCACCAUGGACACCAUCGCCAGUAUUGCCUUUGGAGUAAACAGCGACUCACUCAACAGUACACAGAAUGAAUUCUCUCAGGCUGCAGCAAGUUUCUUCAAGCCACCACCCAAGUGGAAGCGACCCUUCAUAUUCUUCCAGUUCUUAUGGCCCCAGAUUGCCAAAUAUCUCUGCCUCAAUGUUAUCGAUAGAACACCCAUCUACUUUUUUACAAAGGUUGUGUCAGACACAAUGAAGUAUCGUUUGCAGAAUAACCUGAGAAGAAAUGAUUUCCUUCAGCUACUCCUCGAUGCUCGACUUCAGGAACAAACAAACAACAACAAAGGCAGUGAGAGUGCUGACCUCUCCUCUAAGAAGGUCACUAACCAAGUGUUGACAGAUCUAGUUAUUACCGCUCAGUGUGUCUUGUUCUACAUGGCGGGUUAUGACACAACUGCGACGACCCUGAGUUUCCUCUCUUACUGCCUCGCACUUCACCCAGAUAUUCAGCAGAAGUGUAUGCAGGAGAUUGAAACGGUAUUGGAGAAACACGAAGGCGAGAUCACCUAUGAGGCCAUCAUGGAGAUGACAUACUUGGAUAUGGUGUUUGCUGAGACUCUGCGGCUGUACCCUCCAGCGCCUCGAGUGGACCGCACUGUCACCAAGGACUUCACCCUCCCCGGCACCAAUUUAAUUCUCCAUAAAGGCCAGAAAGUCAGCAUACCCAUUUAUAGCAUACACAGAGAUCCAAAUCACUAUCCAGAGCCAGAGAAAUUUGAUCCAGAACGCUUCUCACCAGAAAACAAAGCCAACCGUUCAUACAUUGUGUACUUGCCCUUUGGAAGUGGACCCCGCAAUUGUAUAGGAAUGAGGUUUGCCCUGAUGGAAGCAAAGGUGGCUAUUGUGUACUUGUUACAGGAGUUUGCAUUCAUCCCCAGCAAGAAGACUCAGGUACCCUUAAUUAUUGAAAAACGUAGUGGUCUCCUGAAGGCACAAGAUGGAGUGUGGGUAAGGUUAGCCAAGAGAAUCACAGAGUAACCUGUCAGAGAAGUUAAAUGAUGAUGGCUGAAAUAUAUAACAAGUCUUUCUUUUUAACUCUUUGAUUUUUUUUGUCUACAAGUUUAUUCAUCAAACAUGUUAGCUGGAGAGUUAAGUACCUGUAGUAUGUGAUUCGGUUGAUUUUCUUGGCAACUUACGAAGACUUUAACACAAUCUUAUCAGAAAAUUCUUUGUAAGUAUGGAAUUUUGCCAUCAGUUUGAGAAGAGGCAGUCAAGGGUCUAGAACAGUGGUUCUCAACCUUGUUUGCCCCAUGCACCCCUUUCACCAUAUGUCAGAAUGUCAUUCCCCCUCCUUUCCAAGAUUGUCUGCCUCAAAAAGUGCAUUCCAAAUAAUAUGCAUAUAAUACUGAAAAUCCUUUAUUUUUCCAUAUUAGUAUUUCCCCCCCCCUGAAAACCUGAGGGGGGGAAAUUCCCCCCCGGUUGAGAACCCCUGGUCUAGAAGAACCAGAAGAGUGUUUUGAGUGUAAGUUUAUGGGAUUGUCUGCUUACAAGCAUUCCAGUAAGAAUGUGACAAAAAUAAAGUGCAAGAGAGAAUAUUCCAGGGGGGGGGGCAACUGUGCCAUACUGACCUAGCGUUAUUGCCUUAUUGGGUCGCCAAGUCCAGCCAAUCUUCUCCAGAGGAUGAAAGUGUUUAGAGAAAUGAUGCCAUUCUGGACUAUAACUCUUCUCACUGUAUUUCUAAUCACUGAUAGAUUCUUUAAUAAAGUGCCAAGUCAUCAUUCUCUGGACUAAAAUUUAAUCAUAUAUAUAUAAUUACUGGUUAUAAUCCUUAUUAAAGUGCCCCAAUUACCAUGACUGUUUGGCCUAAAAUUAUAGUUAAUAUAUCCUGUUACUAUUGAUGGAUAGUUAAUAUAUCCUGUUACUGUUGAUGGAGACAAAGUGCAGUGUUAACAUACCUUAGUACAGUACAAUAUUGUUGAUGGAUGAACUGACAGUGUACACAACUUACAUCUCAGUUGUAGGUUAAACACAGUACAGUAGUUACAGUAGAAGGACAAACAGGAAAGAUUGACCCACCAGGAGGAUGGAUGGGUGUCAUGUGGGUGGUCUGCUGGGUCUCCUCACAAGAUUCAGAAAACCCAGGUGUGGUUGUUUACCUUCCUGUGUGGCAAUGAGUUUAAAGCAAAGUCACAGAGAGUUUGUUUCAUAGCAUCAUUGAGAAAACGGACUACAUGCUUGUUAUAAUGGUGUGAGUGUUUUAAAGAUAAAAAUUAUGUUCUAAAAUAAUUUUCCAAACUGAAGUGUUGUUAAUGUAUAGAAUAUAUAUAUUUAGAAUUAGUAUUUUUUCAUAACCAUUGUUUCCCUUAUCACUGGUUUACCAAAGUCAAAAAACCCUGGACAGUUCAGUUCAUGUCAGUACUGUGUUGGCAGGUGUUGAGUCACAGUAAAGUAAGAGUGAGAUGUAAGGCACCCUGAGUUGUGUCAUGACUAUCAGUCCCUUUAAGAAGCUGGUAAUAAAAACUAGAAAAUGGUAAUAUGUGAGUUACGAUAUUUCUUUUUUGUGCCUUUUAUAACAAACUGGCAAAUUGUGUGUGUGUGUGUGUGUAACUGAAUGUUUUUGUAGUGUGUGAAUGAAAUAGACCACUUUGGUGUACAUGGCACUUAUACCUCCAGAGUUUGAUUUAUAAGCGACAGAACUAUUACCUGUGUCAUUACUUACCAAUUAUUGUAUGACUUUAAAGUUUAGAGAUCAGCUCAAGACAUUCCCAAGGAGAAGGCAACAUUCCUGACCACAGCCAAGAGGACAGCACCAACAUUCUUAAGUCACGUACACAACACCAUAAUGAUGCUGCAGUUGUGGCCAUUGACUGUAAUGCCAUUACUGUAUAUCCUGAAGGUUUGGUUUUCUGCAGUUUUCCAUACAUACAUAUGCGUAGAUAUAAUACUGUAGUCAUUUACAACCUGUACUGUAGUAUCAACCAGUAUAUUUACUCUUGGUAUUGUUAUGAAAAUAUGAUAGAUAAGGAACCAUAGGAGAGCAGUAAGCAUAACCUUUGAUUUUAUACAGGCUGGGUUUUUUUACAUGUAAAUUGAUCAGGUCAGAGGUCAUUUUUUGCUAGUCAUUAUAAACCUGAGACUGGGUAAGUCAUAUUAUUUGUACUUUUUAAAAUCAGGUUGAGAGUUAUCCCCCAAAAAUGUUCUGUGAAGGAAACUUUUUGUACAGUUAUAAUAUUUGUAGAUUUACUGAAAAAAAACCAGCCUGUAGAAACUUAGGUAAUUUUUUAUCCAAAUACUUGAAAACUAAACACAUUAAAUAGGAGAACUUACAUUCAUAGGGAUAUAUAUAUAUUCAAAUGCCUUAUAUUAUAUCAUGCAAGUUGAUAUAGUACAUGACUGUGGACAUGUAUACUUCACUUGCCGUACAAUACUGUAUAGGCAGUUUUGUGCCUACAUGUUUGUCAGGCCAUUAUAUGUAUCUUUGUUUAUUACUGGUAAUAUUAUUUUCUCUCAACUAAAAUAAUUGUUUUGAUCAACAAACAAGUGAAGAACAACAUGCUGAAUACACACAUGCAUGCACACACACACAAAUAAAUAAAAAAAAGUAAAUUUUUUUACUAGUUGGAAGGAACUUAUAGCAUUAUUUUCUGUAUCUCAGUAGUGAAUAUAAAGUUUAUAUGUUUUGCAUGGCAGUUGAAAGAUGUUAAUAAAACAUCUUACAUU